AUGGACAGCACAGCCAUCUCUAUACUUCCCAAAAUGCGAUUAAUUAUUUUCAUUUCUCUAUUAGCGAUUGUUGUGGCUAUACCUAUUGACAAUGGUGUCGAAGGUGAGCCUGAAAUCGAAUGUGGUCCAACUUCUAUCACUGUUAACUUUAAUACUAGGAAUCAAUUCGAGGGGCAUGUUUUUGUUAAAGGGCUUUAUGAUCAACAAGGAUGCCGAUCGGAUGAAGGUGGACGACAAGUAGCAGGAAUUGAGUUGCCAUUCGAUUCGUGUAAUGUUGCCAGGAGUCGUUCGCUCAAUCCUCGUGGUAUUUUCGUUUCCGCGGUGGUUGUUAUUACUUUUCAUCCUCUUUUUUUGACGAAAAUCGAUCGUGCCUAUAGAAUUCAAUGUUUCUAUAUGGAGGCUGAUAAGACGGUCAGCACACAAAUAGAAGUCUCAGAAAUUACAACUGCAUUCGCAACACAGAUCGUUCCAAUGCCAGUCUGCAGAUAUGAGAUUCUUGACGGUGGUCCAUCAGGACAACCAAUUCAGUUCGCUACGAUCGGUCAACAAGUCUACCACAAAUGGACUUGCGACUCAGAAACUGUCGACACUUUCUGUGCAGUUGUGCAUUCAUGUGUGGUAGACGAUGGUAAGGGCGACAAAGUAGAACUAUUGAAUGCUGAUGGUUGUGCACUUGACAAGUAUCUUCUCAACAAUCUCGAAUAUCCAACUGAUCUUAUGGCUGGUCAAGAAGCCCACGUUUAUAAAUACGCUGACAGAUCGCAAUUAUUUUAUCAGUGCCAAAUUACAAUAACUAUUAAAGAACCGAAUAGCGAAUGUCAACGACCACAAUGCACAGAACCUCAAGGAUUCGGCGCUCAAAAAUUGACAUCACGAAGUCGACUUCUUAAAAAACGUUCAGUGGACGACGGCAAUACUUUAGAUGUUCAAACAGAUUUUAAUGCAUUGGAAAUCAGCGAACAGGUAAUUAAGCAUUUUUCUAUUAUCGCAAUGUCAUAA